UCUUCGAUACCCACCAAACCAGCUCUCUUAGUCUUACCCAUACCCCCAACCCACCACCAAACUCUCGUCAUUUCUUCUCUCUCUAAAAACACCUUCUUCAUCAUGAAGCGUACGUUUCUUGAUUCUCCGGUUAGCGGACAUGACCCUAAGAUGAAGAAAGUUAAACAAACAGAAGAGGAAGAACAACAAGUUAAUGAUACGGGAUUCAUGGACUUGGACGAAAACCUCCUUUUCGAGGUUUUGAAACAUGCUGAUGCAAAAACUCUAGCCACGGCGGCCUGCGUCAACAAGCAGUGGUACAAAACCUCUCAAGACGAGCGUCUUUGGGAGCUGAUCUGCACGCGCCACUUGGCUAAUGUUGGCUGCGGUAACCAACAACUGAGAUCCGUGGUCCUUGCUCUUGGUGGCUUCCGUCGUCUUCACUCUCUCUAUCUUUGCCAGCUUUCAAGGCCGACUAAAUCUACGGUUUCGCCUUCGACUUCGACUUCGACGUCAACUUCAGCAUCGACUUCGGCUCCAACAUCGACUUCAGCUUCUUCCUCGAAUUGGGCGCCGUUCCCUCGGAAGAUCGGCUCCAAGCAGCCGGCGCGGUGGGGAAAAGACGAGGUUCAUCUCUCCUUGUCCCUGCUUUCGAUUCGGUUCUAUGAAAAGAUGAAUUCUAGUAAUCGUGGUAGUUGAUUUAUUGAUUAUUAUCAUGAUUAUAAUUAUUAUGUAUAUUUUUUUAUGAGUUUCCACUUUUAUUGUUUUCUUAAUUUGGGUUGUGACUUUGUUUUCUAAAUUUUUGUAUGUAAACUGGGUUUUGGCAACUUGAUCUGUACCGUCAUAAUAUGAAAUUGUGAACUAAUUAAUACCUUGUUUCCUAGAUUUAUGUAUAAUUAUUUGAAAUUGUUUUGGUUAA